UUGUGUACCAAUGCUGGCUUUUGUCUUUGUCGGCCCGGCUGGUCUGGAACGGCUUGCCAAAUCUCUGGCAACCCGUCGUCUUCUCUUGCUACUUCUUCCGAAACUGUUUUUGCCUUAAGUGCUGCUGGACCUUUCACCUCCAAUGAUCCUGUAUCGUCACAGCGACAUCUGGCUAUGGAGACGGCUGGUUGGAUUUGGCGCUAUCGUGACUCCAUGAUGCAACAACAGUCAAAAGGGGUUGCAUUGUCAGCAGAUUUGCAUGGCUCAGUAAACACUUUGCAGUUAAUCUCCAUUCUUGCUGCCGUGGUUGGGAGUGUAUUUCUUCUUCUCACUUUGUUUAUUCUCCACCUCAGAAGCCGUAACCUGGUUUCGGGUCUAUGCAAACACAAUUCGCACUCGGUGAAAUCAUGCCAUUCACGCCGGCCACCCUGUUGCCUUGUGCUACGCCGUUCUUUUUCUCGAUUCAAUGAACACCAGGACCGGAAGGAUGCCCUAGCACAUGGGCUUCGGCCACAGGGUGCUCCUAAAGCGAAUCGAAAUGAAGCAAUUGUGGAUGACGAUGAAGAGUUAGGCAGACCGGGACGAACACCUCGUGCAGCCAGCCGUCGACGCCACUCCUUCGACUCUUCUGAUCGUCCUGGCCGUAAGGCUUCUUGGUCCAAGAGAAGGCAUCACAAAAAACAGGUUUAUGCUCACGACGAUGGUCACGACAAUGACUAUGACUAUAAAGGGAAUUCUUUAGACGGAUCAGUUGGUCUGUCAAACGAAGACGAUGAAGACGAUGAGGUUGGUGAAGAAGAGGAAGAAGAAGAGGAGGAACGAAGCACAACAAACCGGGCAGACGAUGAGGACACAGUAAGCGAGGGUCGCUGGAGUGGCUCGGUAAACGGCAAUUCGGCUGACCGACAACGCAACAUGAAGGAGAGGGGCCCAGCGAAGAGUGGUGCAAAGCGAGACCAUUAUGAUAGACAAAAGAUGAAUAAAACGGCUAAAAAGAAGAAGAAAAAAAGUAGAAAAGAAAGGUGGUGUCCAGAUUGGCCUUUGAAUGAUUUGUCUUCGCAUCGACAUUUAAGCGAUAGAGAGGACACAUCAGACAAGAAGAGGCUUGAAGAGGAGGCAUCUGAUGAAGAAGGCUUCGGUAUCUCGAACGACAGAAAUCAGUCUGGAGCAAAUGCAGCCGAUCGCAUAAUCAAAUUUGGCAAUAUGCCUUCUUAUCGGUAA